AUGACACCUGCAGCAGCUGCUACCACUAAACUCACUAGCACGACAGCUAAAGGCUCAACAGGCACACUUUGCCCUACAGCAUCAACAACUCCUUGCCCGAAAUAUUCCUCCACCACACGGUGCCGCACAUAUCCACCGAAGAGAGCAAAAAGAGAGGCAAAGAUUGCAGAUGCGGCCAUCUUUGUGAAAAAAGCAAAAUUCCCCAAAGCUGCAUCAGGUGAGAAUACAAUCUGUUCCAGCAAUGAAGGAAUGAUGGACUCGUUGAGAACGCUUUUCCUUGACAUGCAUAAUUAUCGCAGGGCUAAGCUAGCUUUAGGAAAAGUUACUGGUUAUAACAGUAAGCGCAUGCCACCAGCAAGAAAUAUGUUAAAAUUGAUGGGUAGUUGA